UGUGGCGCGAUUGAUUUAUAACAACAUCAACAUCAACCAUUCACUGCUAGAAGCUUGCGACAGCGUUGUCUGCCUAUCAUAUCCAUAUUUUCUAGCGGCAACACUCACUGAGAUCCCGCCGCGUACCUCUUGUCUACUGCCUACGGUCGCUUCCACCUCAGCAUGCCAGCCCACGGGACAUAGAUAACUCAGUUUGCUUCUACUUUUGAAGCUCAAGAUCGCAUCCAAACUCCUGCCAUGGCACCUCAGGUGCAGUCUACCGAAGCCAGGGAAUUGUCCCUGGUGGGCAAAGUAGAGAUGAAGAUAGCUUUAGCAGACACUGACCCUAAGCUGGAACAACUCUUGGGUACCUACUUAGCUCCGCUUCUCAUGAAACUUGGAUCAGAGAGUUGGCCAGUUCGGAACAAGGUCAUUGCUGUUUGUCAACAUAUCAACACUCGCAUACAAUCACAGGGGAUAAAACUGCCUGUGUCUGCUUUGUUGCAACAGUACAAAGACACAUCGACAUCCCUGAUUCGGCAUUUUGACAUAUUGUACAUUCAGCAAAGCAUUGACAAACUCGGCAUCAGUGAGCGCCUAGAGCUUCUCCCCUUACUGCUUGGCGGGAUAUCUUCAGAUGCCACCAAGAACGCCCAACACGGUGCACAGUUGUUUCACCUUGCCCUUCAACUUCUACAUCACUUCAAGUUGCCGCCUAGAGGUACUAAGGAGGAUGAAGAACUACGGGCCCAGUUGAAGAUCGCGGAUGAGGACGCUAAGUUCCUCUCCACAUAUUUUGGCAAAUUAGUCCUGUUCACACCCACGCGCUCUACGUCAGGGGUUCCUGGAGGUGUCCGAACGCCCGGCCUAACAGCUGAGGAUCAUCGGUUUCUGAGCGUCAACGGGAAUGCAGAAGCUUGGGAUCCUACCGCAAAGGAGGGAAUAAACCUGGUCGAGACAAAGGUAGUUGUCAUGAAGUUCUUAUCGAGUGGUAUCUUCACAAACACAGAACGUUUCUUCCCUGCUCUAUUCGCCACCGCAGAUACAAAUUCCAGAAUAGCAGCUCUUGGGGAGGAUAUUAUCAAACACUCACAAUCAGAAACCAACCUCGAUGACCAGCAAAUUGUGGAGCAUCUAUUCGAUUUAUAUUUCGGAGGUACGCCGCCCUCAGGCGCAUAUCCGGUACGCAUACCACUACGCAUCAAGAUAUUAGGACUUCUCGCAAAAUCAACGAAGAGCUUAGAGUACACGAAACAAAUAACGAGACUCGUCGAAGCCGGCUUCAUUAGCAAUGAAGGCGAAGACGGCACUGCUGCUCGAGCAGGUUUGGAAGCAAAGAAGUUUCAAGAUGCCAUCUUCUCAUAUAUUACCUUCGCAGCUAGGAACGGCAAGCAAAAACACUUAACGGCUAUAGCGCCAGAGUUACUUAACCACCUCAAAGCUUUUGUCGAAGAUCAAGGAUGGCCUUUGAACACGAGCGGUGACACUCGCUUACGUGGGCUUGCGUAUGUCGCUAUCGGUCUGCUAGGAAAGACAGUCCCAGAAGUAGUUGCGAAUGACCCCCAGUCUUCGUUACUCAAGUGGUUAUUCCAGUCACUGAAAGAGGACGAUUCAGGUAGUGAGGUCUUAUUCAGUAUCCAGGAAGCCCUUUCCAGUCUCAUGGCGUCUUAUCCUCGAGGGUUCGCAGAUAAGAAUGCUGAGCUUAGUUUUAAAAAGCUUCUGCUCCGAUAUAUGGCGAGUGAGGGCCGAGUCGGCAGUGAGAAUGCUCGUCCAGGUCCCCGUAGAAACGUGCAAUACGUCGCCACCCGGUUCGCGAACCGCUGUUUGCCUUACGAAGACGUCAUUGCACGAUGGGUCGAUAUACUGGCCAUAAGCACCGAAGGCACUGACUUUAGAGAAUUGGUCGAAGAGGGGAAGCGGGGUCUGGAUCCAUACUGGCAUGUCAGACUUGAGGGGUCUCUAAGGUCUGCAACAGAAGUCGCACCUGAAGUUUCCAAUGUGCCUAAUCCUGAUUUCGCUGGUCUGGUUGAGUUUCUCUUCCGAGGCUCUAUCGAUGAGGAAGGGAUGGUUGUGGGAGCUGAGAACUGGCUCCAGGGGCUUGUAACGAAUUCCAAUCCUGUUGAAGCGAUACGAAUAUUUCGACGGAAAUUUCCUGCCACUCUUUGGCCUGCAGUACAUUUCAGCAGAUUGGUCAUGAUACGUACCGCUCUCGAAACGAGCGGGCUCAAGCCAGACAUUUCUGACGACUGGGAGAGGAAAUUAGAUGCCCUCGUUUCUACAGAUCAAGGUUGUCGUGACGCUGUCAUGAAGUAUAUCAAGACCAAUACACAGUUAGGUGGCCGAGUUUCUCAAUCAGUAGCAACCUUGCUCCGCGGCGCAUUUGAUCUUGUCAUUACAGAGAGUGCUACUUCCGGUAUCGGAGCUGCUGAAUCAUUCAUUGAACUGUAUUCCUUAACACCAGGAGACGUGUCGCACUCAACCCAAUUGACCUCUGACUUCCCGUCAUUAGAAGAAGCGGUCUUUUCGAACGAUAUACCAACGAGGAACUUUGGAGCUCAUGCGUUCGGACUAAUUGCCUCGCAUCCUGGAUGCGAUGGCAAUGUGGUUGAGCAAUGUCUACAGCGAUUUCUCCAAAAAGCAGAGCCUUGGAAGAACGCGAUUGGAGCUGAGCUCAACAAGGCGUCUGGGAGUAUUCUUGCUCUUGCUUACUACUUCAGUAGACUUAGCUGGCGAGAACCUAGGCUCGCCACAGCUGAGGCCUUGUUCCAGAGGUACUCUCAAACACUUUUCUCUAUGCUUGAAUCGUCGCGAGACAAUGUUGUCCUGAACGCCGUAUCUAUAUCCGUAGGUCAAUUAGGUCUGUUCUCAGCAAUCAGCCUUGAUGAUAUCAACAUGCAUGUAACUUUCUCCACCGUGGUUGAUAAGAUCGGUGAGAUUGCGCGCAAGGGAAGCACAAAGGCCAUUAUUGCGCUUGGUUAUAUCUCAAUCAUCACUGACGAGGAAGAUAUGGAGACCGAGGACGCACCUCUACGUCUGGUGGAGAAGAAGCUCCGCGACUUGUCAGACUUGCGCGAUGCUGAAGUGCAUUUCUCUGUCGGAGAAGCACUCAGUGUCCUGGCAGGUGGAUGGGGAUCUUCGGCCCUCAUCAGUCAGUUCGAUAUCCAGGCAGUAUCUUCUGAUGACAAAGGCAUGCCCUCUCCGCACAAUCCCACAAGAAGUAGCACUAUAACUCGGAUUAUGAAGGAGCUUAUCGUUGACAGUCGUGCAUCAAAGCCGUCUCUGCGGAAAGCAGCAACGAUCUGGCUUCUCUGUAUGAUUCAGUAUUGCGGACAUCUCAAACCCAUACAAGAACACUUACGGCAAUGCCAAGUAGCCUUCAAGCGCUGCUUGUCAGAUCGCGACGAUGUUAUACAAGAAGCGGCCUCGAGGGGUCUUGGGCUCGUGUAUGAGAAAGGAGGACAAGAUCUUAAAGACGACUUGGUUGCCGAUUUGAUUGGCAUGUUCUCAGAUAAUAAAGCACAACUUGCAGGAAACGUCUCCGAAGAUACGCAGCUUUUUGAACCUGGGGCUCUGCCGACUGGCGAUGGCUCCGUUACGACUUACAAAGACAUCCUCAGUCUCGCUUCCGAAGUGGGAGAUUCUAGUCUGGUAUAUCGCUUCAUGUCUCUCGCCUCGAACAACUCGAUUUGGUCGACUAGAGCGGCUUUUGGUCGCUUUGGCUUGGGAAACGUUUUUUCUGACUCGAGUACGGACGGGUACCUCUCGAAGAAUCCCAAGCUCUUUCCCAAGCUAUUCCGCUAUCGAUUCGAUCCAAACACCAACGUCCAGCGGUCCAUGAAGGACAUUUGGGAUGCGCUCGUAAAAGAUUCUUCUGCCACUAUCAACACUCACUUCGAUGCCAUCAUGGACGAUCUUUUGAAGAAUAUACUAACUAAGGAGUGGAGAACACGCGAAGCCUGUUGUGCUGCGAUUAGCGAUCUGCUUCAAGGCAGAGACUUUGCAAUUUAUGAAGAUUAUCUCUCACAAAUAUGGAGCAUGUGCUUCAAGGUACUCGAUGACAUCAAGGAGUCGGUACGAAAUGCGGCUGGAUCACUCGCUCGAGUACUGACCGGAAUAUUGGUUCGUAGUCUGGAAGCAGGGGGUGCUUCUUCCAAGCGAGCACAAGCGAUGCUGGAACAGGUCCUUCCCUUCCUCCUCUCGUCGUCUGGCCUAGAAUCAUCAGCCAAAGAUGUCCAGGGCUUGUCGCUGAAGACACUGAUGGAUAUCAUCAAGAAAUCAGACGGACCUACAUUACGACCAUUCAUCCCAGAACUGGUCGAAAAAUUCAUCGCUCUGCUAAGCUCUCUGGAACCAGAAUUCGUCAACUACUUGCGCCUCAACGCCUCAAAAUAUAAGGUCACUGAGCAAAAAAUUGACGAUGCUCGUCUCUCGAGUGUGCGCGGAAGCCCUCUGAUGGAAGCUAUCGAACGUUGUCUUGAUUUACUGGAUGAGGCCUCCAUGGAGAAGACCAUGUUCAGUCUUCAAAACGCGAUUCGUUCGUCACUAGAUCUACCCUCCAAGGUCGGUGCCAGUAAGAUCCUUGUAUCACUGAGCACCAGACACAACUUUCUUUUCCGCCCGUACGCAGAUCAGUAUCUCCAAUUCAUCGAGCGCUUCAUUCGAGAUCGUAAUGACACAGUGUCCGCUUCAUUUGCUAUGGCUGCUGGAUAUGUUGCUCGGGUUGCUUCGGACAAGUCCAUAGCUCGCGCCAUUGACUUUGGGAAGACGAUGUACUUUGACUCUGAGGAGGACCGGCAUCGAUUGCUCUCCGGAGAUUUGGUUUCGGCAAUCUUGAAGCAUGCACCCGAUAGAGCAAACAAAUUCACAACGGACAUCCUCCCUUUCGUCUUCUUCGGUAAACAGGAUAGCAACGAGCAAGUCAAAAACUUGUUCAAGGAAAUCUGGGAGGAGAAUGCUGGUGGGUCAAGAGCUGUGGUUCUGUAUCUGAGCGAGAUCGUCAGCCUCUCAGCCCAGUUUUUGGACUCGCCUAGAUGGGUCCUUAAGCAUACAUCCUCCAGGACUAUCGCCGAAGCCAGUAACGCCCUGGCCAGUCAGCCAGAUGAUAUCACAACCGCGAAUGCGGGAAAGGUAUGGCCGGCGCUGGAUCAAGCCGUUGGUGGCAAGACCUGGGAUGGAAAAGAGGUUGUUCUAGAUGCCUUUGCUAGGUUUGUGGAGAAAUCAUCGAACUUCUGGCGUGGGAAAGAUGAUGUCGGCACACAGAUCACGAAGAUCAUACUACGAGAAGCCAGGAGGAACAACAAAGUCUACCAACAAGCUGCACUACCCUCUCUCGGCAAAGUCGCAGUAGCUCGAACGGAUAUCGACAUGAGUGCGGACGUGUUCAACAUCAUCGACUCUCUCGUUGAAGAAUACACAGCAGCCGAUGAGGAUGCAAUGGAUGUUGAUGGCGCGAAGAACAUGUCCAGUUCUCAGAUCCGCGAGAACAUGCUUAUCGGUUGCAUCAAAUGUGCACUUGCCUGUAUCAACCCGCAAAAGUCACAGGAACUCCCGAGGGUCUUGCUGCACGCACUCGAGCUUAUGCUCAAGGCCACAAAAUCACAAUCUCGCAACGUUCGACUAGCAAGUUUCGAAUCAGUCAAGUUCAACUUUGAACGCUUCGAGAAGGAGAAGAGAUCAUUUGCGGCAUCAGAUCUCAGGCCUGUGAAGUCACAAUUGUCCGAUCUACUCCUUAGCCCCCAAAUCAGUGACUUGCCUGAAGCCAUGCGAUCUGAGCGAGCCAAAGCUGUUGUGAACGUAGCGAAUCUGUCGGGUGAGCUUAUAGAUAAAGCUGCUUUGGAUCGGGCCGUGGGCGAGGAGAAGUCAUUGAUGUUGAAAAAGGAGCUGGAGAAGGCGGUUUGAAAGACGAUAGAACAUUAAAUCAUUAAAUAUUCAAUCAAUCCGUACAUUGUACAAUGAAUAUCCUCCAUACUUCACACUCCCGGAGAGGGGUGUGG